AUGUGGUUGCUCGUGGUCGCACUUCUUUUGGUCGUCCUUUACUAUGUUGGGACCAAAAAUUUCGACUAUUGGAAGAAGCGGGGAGUUAAAUACGACGAACCCAUUAUCUUCUUUGGAAGCAACCUAACCCAUAUCAUCAAGAAACACAGCUUAUCAGAAAGAUUUGCCGAGCUUCACAACAGAUUUCCUAACGAAAAAUAUGUGGGCUACUUCGAGGCGAACAAGCCGGCACUGCUGGUUAGAGACCCCGAGUUAAUUAAAACCAUUCUUGUCACUGACUUCAAACAUUUCUACCGAAGAGGAGUAAGCCCCCAUAAGGAAGACAUUGAACCUCUAAUGAAGAAUCUAUUUACGGUAGAUGGAGACGCCUGGAAACUCUUGCGACAAAGGAUGACUACAGCUUUCUCUAGUGCUAAGCUGAAAGCAAUGUUUCCUUUAAUUGUUGAGAGAACUGAAAAGCUCAUAACGAUUGCAAAGAAAGUUGCCGAUUCCGGAGAAGAAGUUGAUGUUAGAAAUCUUAUGGCGAGAUACACAACCGAUUUUAUUGGUGCAUGUGGAUUUGGUAUUGACUCGAAAACGUUAGAUGAUGACACAAAUGAUUUUCGUCAGUUAGGAAGACGUAUUUUCACAGUAACUAAACGCGAUAUCUUAGUUAAUUUGUUGAAACGCACGUUCUCUAAUGUGGAACUUUUCAAAUAUAUACAUUUCUUCUCUCCUGAAGUUGAAAGAAAAAACUUAUCAUUGGUGAGACAAAUUAUGAGCCAGCGCGAUUACAAACCAUCGGGGAGAAAUGAUUUUAUCGACAUGAUGUUAGAAUUGAAACAAAAAGGAAAAAUGGUGGGUGAGUCCAUAGAAAAGGUGAAUCCAGAUGGAUCGCCUAAAAUUGUGGAACUCGAAUUAAAAGACGAGUUGAUAGCCGCACAGGUAUUCGUUUUCUUUGCUGCUGGUUUUGAAACAUCGUCAUCUUCCAGUAGUUUUCUUCUACACCAGCUGGCUUACCAUCCCGAAGAACAAAAGCUAGUUCAGAAGGAAAUCGAUGAGGUGUUAGCUAAAUAUGAUGGAAAACUUUCCUAUGAUGCCGUCAAGGACAUGAAAUAUCUGGAAAUGGCAUUCAAAGAAAGCAAUCGCGUCUUUGCUUCUCCCGGUUUUCUGGUCCGCAAAACAGUUGGAAAAUAUACUUUGCCCGGAACAGAUUUAACGUUGGACGAUAGAACUGGCGUGGUUAUAUCAACACAGGCUUUGUACGCUGACGAAAGAUAUUUCGAUGAUCCGAAGACCUUUAAGCCGAUGAGAUUCCACCCUGAUAAUAUACAUAAGAUGAAUAAGAAUGUGUACUUACCGUUUGGGGAUGGACCGAGAGCUUGUAUAGGUGAACGUCUUGGUAUCAUGCAGUCUUUGGCCGGUGUAGCUGCCGUACUUCAUGUAUUCUCAGUGGCGCCAUCUAAGAGUACCAAACGUUAUCCACCAAUCGACCCAAGUUCCACCAUCAUACAGAACGUGUUGGGUGGUUUGCCUUUAGCGUUACAGAGGAGGAAGAAACAAUAA